GAGGUGGUUCAGGUGCACCCCUAAUAGAGUAUAGAUUCCUAUCCCUAAUUCUCCGACCUACCUAAACGGCGUCAGUUAAAAGACAGAGGAGAGGACUGCAAGAAACUCAAGCAGCGCCACCACCAAGAUACACACACACAUACACACUCUCAGUCUCGGCAACAACCUGAGAGAGAGAGAGAGAGAGAGAGAGAUCUUGCGCCACUCCCCGCCAUCACCGCAAUGCCAAUAUCUACGACCCUGAGUUUCACCGCAUCACCACCGCGUGGUCUCUCUCUUCCGCACCAUCCGAACGCCAGCCCCAAUCCCUUCUGCUCACCUCCAUUUCUUUCGUUCACCCCUCAAAAACCCACCCUCUUGUCACUUACCCUGACUCAUAACCCCCGCCACGAAUUAUUCGUAGCCUUCUCCACCAAUGCUGCCUCCACCAAUAGCGAGAUCAGCACCAAGUUUUCCAGUGGAGGAGGCAGCGGAGGAGACGGAGGCAACAGCGGCGGUGGCGGAGGAGGUGGAGGCAAUAACGAUGGGAACGAAGGAAAUGACGAUAAGAACAAGAAGCAGAACAAAGAAGAAGCUUUAAUGGCUCUGGCGGAGGCUGGGAGGACUCUGGAGAGCUUGCCUAAGGAUUUGAAAGUUGCCAUAGAAGACGGCAGAAUACCGGGAUCGAUUGUUUUGAGGUAUUUCAAUCUCGAAAAAUCAGGAUUUCUUUCUUGGCUUAUGAAGUUCGGAGGUUUCAAGGAGAGGUUGUUGGCUGAUGAUCUCUUCUUGGCUAAAGUUGCCAUGGAAUGCGGCGUUGGUGUAUUCACUAAGACUGCUGCAGAAUAUGAGCGUCGCAGGGAGAACUUUUUCAAGGAGCUCGAAAUUGUUUUUGCUGAUGUGGUGAUGGCCAUAAUAGCAGAUUUUAUGCUUGUCUACCUUCCAGCUCCCACAGUUUCUCUCCGACCUCCUCUUGCACUCAAUGCUGGGCGCAUUGCUAAGUUCUUUUACAGUUGUCCAGAUAAUGCUUUUCAGGUUGCUUUGCCUGGAACCUCAUUUUCGUUGUUGCAGAGGAUUGGUGCAAUAGUGCGAAAUGGAGCUAAGCUGUUCACUGUUGGCACUACUUCGUCUCUGGUCGGUACUACAGUGACAAAUGCAUUGAUAAACGCUCGUAAGGCUGUCGACCACUCUGCGGCUGAUGAGGUGGAGAAUGUUCCUGUACUAUCAACAAGUGUUGCCUAUGGUGUCUAUAUGGCUGUAUCCAGCAAUCUCCGAUACCAGGUGUUGGCUGGUGUAGUUGAACAACGGAUACUAGAGCCCUUGCUUCAUCAACAUAAGUUAUUGUUGAGUGCUAUGUGCUUUGCUGUGAGAACAGGCAACACUUUUUUGGGUUCAUUACUGUGGGUUGAUUAUGCUCGUCUUAUAGGCAUCCAGAAGGCUCAAGAUCUAGAAUCAUAGGUAUUAAAUCAUCACUCUUAAGUGAAAUUGAGCUUAUUUGUUGACAUUUCAUAAGAGUAGUUUACUGGAUACCGAGUGUAAGGGAUUUAUGUUGCUUGUGCAGUUAGGUUUCCUGGAUAUUUACACUUGUAUUGUUGGUGUGUUGAGAUUGAUAAUGAAGACAAAUUCCAUUCUCUGA